AUGAAGGACGCUCUCAGCAACGCUAACUUUCCCCAAGAUGCCCAAGGACGCACCUACCACGUAGCCACCAAAGCCGGCCAAGUCGCUAACAGGAUCAUCACCGUCGGCGAUCAAGUGCGAGCUCACCGCAUCGCCAAAGCAUUCGACGGUGGUGCACCGAUCUUCGCGUUUAACUCGCAGCGCAACUUCCUUACGCUGACGGGCACCUACCAAGGAGUGCCCAUUUCUAUUGUUGCUAUUGGAAUGGGAUUCUCUGUGGUUGACUUUUUCGUUCGAGAAUGCCGAGCCGUUGUAAAGGGCGAAAUGAUCAUUGUGCGCUUGGGAUCUUGCGGUAGUAUGCAACCCGACUACGGAAUCGGAACUGUCGUCGUUCCGAAAGCGAGCUUCGGCAUUUCGAGGAACUACGAUUACUUCCACCACGACACGAACGCGCAAGAGAGGAGCUCUGGUGCAAUGGAGCCGUAUCUCAUUACCAAACCUCUGGAUGCGGAUUCGGAGGUGCACGAUGCACUUCUGUCAGCAUUGGAGGCCGAGAAACCCUCCGCAAAGCCCGAGCUGUUUGCGGGCGAGCAGGUCAAAGCAGCAGGCAACACUGUCAACGCCUCAGCCGACAGCUUCUACGGUAGCCAGGGUCGAAUUGAUCCAGCAUUCAUCGAUGCCAAUGCCAACUUGAUGGAUGUGAUCCGCGAGCGAAGACCUGGAGUGGCAACGCUCGAGAUGGAAACAUUUGUCCUGAACCAUCUCGCCGCCGCCGCAAACGCCGCCAUCGACCUGGCAAAGAAGAGCGGCCAGGAGCCAGUGCAUAAGGGCAAGAUCAGGACAGGCGCUGUGCAAAUGAUCUUUGCCAAUCGAAGCACGUCCGCUUUUAUCUCGCCGGAAGAAUGCGAGACGUUGGAACACUGGGCGGGAAAGAGUGUUCUUGCCGCACUGGCUAGCAUCGACAUCCCCGAGGAAAGACUCCAACCGGAAGGCGUCUGGAAUUCUGCUGCUUGA